CCAACACCUGAAGGCGGAAGUGUUGCCUGCUGUGAAUGAACGUGAGAACAUGUGGAAGAGAAGAGAAACAGAAGAAGAAGAGAGAAAGAUGAUAAACAAGGAAACAAGACACAUGACGUCCUGCUAACAAGCUAACAGCUGCUAACAGCAGCUAACAGCAGCUAACAGGCUAGCAGCUGUUUACAGCAGCUAACGAGCUAACCAGCUAGCAGGUGCUAGCAGCAGCUCCCCAGCAGCAGAGGAAGCAGCCAUGGCUCAGGCCGGAGCUCACCUGACGUCCACCGCCGGGAUCGAGCAGCCGUCCAUCUUCGAGGUCGUGGCGCAGGAGACUCUGAUGGACGCUCUCAAACCUGCACUGAGACACGCCCUCAAGGUCCUGGCAGAGUGCAGCCCGGCUCGGUUCGGCGUCCUGUGGCGGCGCUUUGAUGAGCUGUACCUGCUGCUGGACCUCCUCCUCCAGAACCACUUCCUGUCCCACUGCAGCGCCUCCUUCUCUGAGAACUUCUACGGCCUGAAACGGGUUUCAGGUGGGCGGGGCUUUCCUGUCCGCCUGGGGCUGCACAGGAAGUCGCACUGGCGAUCGCUUCUCCUUCUGUGUCUGGUGCCGUACCUGCGGGCCAAGCUGGAGGCCACGCUGGAGAAGCAGAGGGACGAGGAGGACUUCUCCAUCCAGCUGGCGCGCUCCAGGGGCCGGAGGCUGUACCGGGCGGCGGUGGCAGCUUACCCGUACGUCAGCUCAGCCUGGCAAGCCUGGGUGUUCUGCCAGCAGCUGCUCUUUGUCUUCGGAGUCUCUAAGACCCAUAGUCCUCUGCUGUGGUUAGCCAGGGUGAGACUGGCACGACUCAACGCCCAAGAUGUCAGAGACAUGGAGCUGAAGAGCGGUGACACCACCGACCUCACGGACAAGAGCCUGGUGAUGAGGGCGUGGUGGGUGAUGUCACAGGCAGCGAGGGGCGUGGCCCUCUCCCUCUCCACCUCCCUGUCCAUGGGCGUCUUCUUCCUGCAGUUCCUGGAGUGGUGGUACUCCUCCGACAACCAGAGCACCGUGAAAACACUCACCUCCCUGCCUGCUCCUCCGCCCCCCCUCCACCUGCAGGAGGAGGCUCCAUCGCUCCCGGUGAAGCUCAGUGAAGGAGCUCCUCCGGGCUCCGGCAGCAGGAGCUGUCGUCUUUGCCGAAGACUCUGCACCAACUCCACGGUGCUGUCGACCUCGGGCUUCGUGUUCUGUUACCGCUGCGUCUACAUGUACGUGAAGGCAAAGCGCCGCUGCCCGGUCACUGGGUUUCCCACCGAGCUGCAGCACCUCAUCAAGAUCUACUCACCGGAGAGCGGCUGACGGGUUUCUGGCUCUAAAGGGAACCACGCACUUUAAAACAACACUGAGCAGCUGAUGACGAGUUCUCGAGCUGCAGGGAGAAGAACAAUGUUUUCACUUUGGACACAAUGGACUCUUUUCUGUCAGGGAUGUGAGCAGAUUUAGAUUUGAAGCCUAAAUUCUAUUAAAUACUAAAUAUUAAAUCUAAUAAAAAAUUUGUCAGAUAUAGUGAUUCCAGAUCUGCUGAGUUAGCAAGGAGCUAACAGUCUGCUAGCUGUAACAUCAUAUUUAGAAAACAGACAUUCAUUUGUCUUAUCUGAAAAAGGCAAGAAAGGAAAUAAAAUCAUUCGACCAGAAUAUUGAUCUAUAUCCAUAACAAUCAGCCAUGUGAAACACUGAGGGAACUGAAACAUCAGUGAAUUGCUUUAUUGAGUUUCCAGACAAGUUCAACAACAGGCCCACUUUUAAAAAAAACAAAGGAACAGAAUCAGGAGAAACGUCACAACAUUACAGUGAGACUAAUAAAAAAGGGCUUCGUCAAAACGUCCACAAGCCUGAAAUGAAACCGAAGAGUCACGAGAGUCACUUUCCCUUUUCAAGCUCCUGCAACACCGAGGACGAGGGGAAGAGGGCUGAAAGCUCGAAAAGGGGACAAAUAUAAUCAUCAAUAAUAGUCACAGUAAUAGAUUGCUCGAAUAGCGUGUAUUGCACAUGUGUACACGUAUAUAUGCACGUUUAUAUACAUGUGAGUCAGAAAGAAUUAAACACGUAUCGUCGCAACAGGAAAGGAUCUGGAUUUAACAGCACAGACGAAGAAGAGUCAGGAAUGUGCUUGUGAUCAGCUCCGACAGGAACUGAUUCAAACUGUCAGUCUGUCACGGGGGGGGGGGGGGGGUCUCCCUUCAGGGACAAAGGGAGGACAAACAGACGAGGGGACAGCUCCGACCUCUCAACCAAUCACAGCAGGACACUACAUGUACACCACAGUAUCAAACAUAUCAAGAAAUGUACAGUAGGAACUCGUGUAGCAAAAAGUGAGUCUGUGUGUGUGUUUGUGUGCGACAGUAAAGCUGUGCAGCCUCUGGACUGGGGAAGUGACCGACAACACAAACCAUCACACUGUGUCAACACCACUCACAUUGUGUUGCUUUAAAUGUUCAGAGCCUGUGAUAAAACCUCACUCCACAAA